UUUGACUUUCUUCCCUCUGUUUGGCUCAUCAGAGUCUCAAGCUACAGCACUCUGCACCAAGGCCAGGCUCAGCCCCGUGCUCGCCCGCCUGCUGCUGCCCUGAUGUCACCGUAGGAUUUUGGCUGCAGAUUCACAGGCAGGUAUGGACCUAAGUAACCCCCUGGAGCAGCCCCUGGCUGCAGAAGGACGGGAGAUUUUGAGAGACUGUAAUUUGAGCAAAUCCCAAGAAAUGGAAAGUCUGGAUAAUGUGGAGGAGAUGAAGGAAUGCAAUGAGUCUAAUGAAGAAGCCACAGAUGAAGUGGUUAAAGUGAAAGGUGAAUACGGUGAAAGAGAGGAGAGUGCUUUAAAUUCAGAGCCUAUGGAAAAUACAGAAGAAUCUGAAAUCCCUUACACCUAUCCCAGAGAAUAUAAUGAAUAUGAAAGCAUUAAACUGGAGAGACAUUCGGGUUCAUAUGACAACAUCAGGCCAGCUAGUGGAAAAAUGAAUUGCGAUAUCUGUGGAUUAGCCUGCAUUAGCCUCAAUGUCUUGAUGGUUCAUAAGCGUAGCCACACUGGUGAACGGCCAUUCCAGUGUAAUCAGUGCGGAGCUUCCUUUACUCAGAAGGGUAACCUCCUCCGCCACAUUAAACUACAUACAGGGGAAAAACCUUUUAAAUGUCAUCUUUGCAGUUAUGCCUGCCAAAGGAGGGAUGCGCUAACGGGUCACUUAAGGACACAUUCUGUGGAGAAGCCGUACAAAUGUGAGUUCUGUGGAAGGAGCUACAAACAGAGAAGCUCAUUAGAGGAGCACAAGGAGCGGUGCCGUUCUUACUUGCAGAACGCUGGCAUGUGUGAGACUGCGAGCGUGGAGGCAAGGCACAUGAAGGCAGAGAUGGGGAGUGAAAGAGCCCUUGUGCUGGACAGGCUAGCGAGCAACGUGGCAAAGCGAAAAAGCUCAAUGCCCCAGAAAUUUAUUGGCGAGAAGCGCCACAGCUUCGACGUGGGCUACAGCUCGGGUUUCCUCUACGAGAAGGAGAGCGAGCUCAUGCAGGGGCGCAUGAUGGACCAGGCCAUAAACAACGCCAUCAGCUACCUGGGCGCCGAAGCCCUGCGCCCCCUCGUGCAGACGCCGCCGGCGCCCGCCUCCGAAAUGGUGCCCGUCAUCAGCAGCCUCUAUCCCGUGGCGCUGACCCGCGCCGAGAUGCCCAACGGCGCCGCCUCGCACGACGAGAGGAGCCACCCGCGAGACAAGAGCCUGCCCGCGGAGCGGGGCCCCUCGCCCAACAACAGCGGCCACGACUCCACGGACACCGAGAGCAACCACGAGGAGCGGCCGGGCCUGCCCUUCCCCGCGGCGGCCCGCAACGGCGGGCCCUGCUCCAGGGAUUUCCCGCGGCCCUGCGAGGCGCUCAAGCCGCCGGGCGCGCGCGACGCCUUCCAGGUGCUGGGCCGGGACGGGGCGGCGGUGGGCGCCUACCGCUGCGAGCACUGCCGCGUGCUCUUCCUCGACUACGUCAUGUUCACCAUCCACAUGGGCUGCCACGGCUUCCGCGACCCCUUCGAGUGCAACGUGUGCGGCUACCGCAGCCACGACCGCUACGAGUUCUCCUCGCACAUAGCGCGAGGGGAGCACCGGCUGCCGCUGAAAUAG